AUGGAGAAGGAGGCCGAGUUGGAGGGGUUGCUGGAGCGGCUCAAGGCGGCUGUCGACACGAAGGACCUGCUGGUCCUGGACCCCGCCCUCGCGGAGUGCGAGGGCGCGGGCCUGCCGCAGCGGGACUUGCAGGAGGCAAAGGACGCGAAGGCCAAGUUCGAGCUGCUCCUUGCGAAGUUGAAGAUAGGCGUCACCCGCAGCGACCUCGCGGCCAUCAAGGACGCCCUCGGGGAGUGCCGGUCGGCGGAGCUGCCAGAGCACGCCCUCCGGGAGGCCGUGGCGGCGCAAGCGAG